AUGUCUCUCGAAAGGAAGCAAAAAGUGAUGCUUGUCUUAUGUCUAAUAUUCGGUAUCUGGCACGUGGGUACCCAAUGGACGACCACUCUACUCUCAUUCCUGCAAUGGGACACCGAUGAGGUGAUGACCAUCGUUGAUUUGGGGUACAUUCAAGCAUUCGGAUCGCUUUGCAACGCGGCCGGUGCCCUGGCCUUUGGGCAAAUUGCUGACACGACUGGUGCACAGACUAUGUUUAUGCUAUCCUGUAUACUCACCGGUAUCUAUUACUGUGGAAUCUCGUUUGCAAAAUCUUGGUACGCUUUCUUCUUCCUUCAGAUCUUCCGAUUCGGAUAUCAACUUGAUUCUACAGCGGAAAUGUACUUGGCAACAGUGACCACCGAAAGGGAGCGAACAGGCGCCCUCAUGAAGUUGACUAUGCCUCAAGCAGUUGCCAUGUUCUUCGGUCCAAUCGUGGGCUCAAAAUUAGCCGCAUGGACCUCGCUUCGUUUCUCGCAAUUGAUUUGCGGAGUUGCGAUGACGAGCGCUUUGAUGCCUGUUCUCUAUUUUCUCCUCCCACAAACCCACUCAAUUCCCAAGUUGGCAUCAGCCAAGUUGCGUCCACAAGACUACUUCUACAUGCUAAAACAAAACACUCAUCUUCGUGAGGGUCUAGUUGUGAGAGCAAUGGUUGUGGCCGCCUAUGUCUGCUACGAGAUGAUUGCAAGGAACUUUUUGCUUCGUGCCUAUAUGAAGGAUACCAAUGACUCGGCCUACGUUUUGCUUGUGAUGGCUGCCUCUCUUCUUUCUGUCCAGUUCAUCAUUUUGCCAAUCCUUCAAAGAAAUGUCAACCCCAAAACUCUUUUGCAGAUUGCUCUGUGUGGUCUGUUCUUUUCUUAUGGAUCAGCCACCUUCACAACGACCUUUGAGCAACUUUUGGUGAUCACCGCUGUUCAAACUGGUUGCUAUGCUAUCGCCUAUGCUGAAACUUCAACUCAGAUCACCAGUGCUGUCGAGAUGACUGAUUUGGGCAAAGCCACUGGAUUGGCAUCGAUGUGCCAAUGGAUGACCCACUUCAUCUUGCCAAUCUAUGCUUCCAAUCUUGUCCAACAUUAUCAUUACACCUAUGCAUUCUAUACAGCCGCUUUGAUGACCAUUUCCACCCUUGGCUAUGUCACUUUCGUUGUUCGGAACGCAAACAACCGCGUGCAAACCCUAUUACCAUCGCUUGCUUAC